GGGGCGGAUUCUGGCGACGGGAGCGACUGCUCGGUGACGGUGAGUCUCCCGGUCCCGCGUCUUCGCCCAAACCUUUUCAUUUAAACAGGACCGGCGGAGCUCCCCGCUGUUCCCCGGCGUGCCGGGGGUGUAGUUCAGCGGCGGUGUGGCUGUGUACGUCUGUCUGUGUGUUUGGGUAAGGAGGUGCGACCAGCGAAGGGGUUUGAACAAUGGCAAACAUGGAAUCUCUUGUACAGAGGCUGGAGAAAGCUGUGUUGCGGUUGGAGACAUUAGGAUCAUCUGGUAGAAAUGAAGUUGGUUCUACUGAAGGAUCUGAUGUGCUUGCUCCCUACGUUGAGGCAUUUGAUGAGAUUCUUGCUGGGCCAGUGGCUACGUAUUAUAAACUAAGCAAAGAACUUGGAGGAGAUGUUGAGAAACAUGCUAGUAUGGUGAAUGAAGCUCUGAAGUUCCAGAGAGGAUUCUUGGUGACCGCUUCCCAAUGUCAGCAGCCUCCACAGGCUGAAUUGACCCAACUACUUCAGCCAUUGUCCAAUAAAAUUCUGCAGAUCCAAGAAUUCAGAGAAAAAAACCGUGGAAGCAAGCAGUUUAAUCAUCUAUCAGCAAUUAGUGAGAGCAUUCCUGGUCUUGGAUGGUUGACAGUAACUCCAAAACCUGGCCCUUAUGUUAAAGAGAUGACGGAUGCUGCUAUGUUUUACACCAAUAGGGUUCUGAAGGAGUACAAAGACACUGAUAAAAAGCAUGUGGACUGGGUCAAGGCCUAUAUAAGCUUCUGGACUGAACUUCAGGCAUAUAUCAAAGCAAACCACACCACAGGGCUUUCAUGGAACAAAAGUGGUCGGAUAGCUACUGCCUUUCAUUCUGCCCCAGCAUUGGGAGGAGCUCCUCCUCCCCCUCCUGGACCACCACCACCUGACACUUCUUGCUCAGCUUCUACAGAAAAUACUAGUUCACGAUCAGCUCUAUUUGCUGACCUUAACAAGGGAGCUGAUAUUACUAGUAGGCUGAAGCAUGUGCCGGAUAGCAGCAAAACCCACAAGAAUCCUGCAUUAAGAAGUGUAGGUGGAACUACCCCUGCUGGACCAACACCAUUCAAAGCGGCUACUCCAUCAGUGAAGCCAGCAGCUAAGAAAGAGCCACCCAAGCUGGAACUGCAAGGAAAGAAAUGGGUAGUGGAAAACCAAGAGAAUGUCAGUAACCUUGUUAUUCAGGACACUGAAUUGAAGCAGGUUGUGUAUGUGUAUGAAUGUGUACGCUCCACUCUUACUAUCAAAGGGAAGAUCAACUCCAUCACUAUCGAUAACUGUAAAAAACUGGGUCUUGUUUUUGAUGAUGUUGUUGGAAUUGUGGAGAUCAUUAAUUCCAAGGAUGUGAAAAUUCAGGUGUUGGGUAAAGUGCCAACUAUAUCUAUCAAUAAGACUGAUGGCUGCCACAUCUACCUUAGUAAGGAUUCUCUCACCUGUGAGAUUGUCAGUGCCAAAUCCUCUGAGAUGAAUAUCUUGAUUCCUGAAAAGGAUGAUUUUGCGGAAUACCCUAUUCCAGAACAAUUCAAGACCGUCUGGAGCGGAGAUAAACUGGUGACCACAGUAACUGAAAUAAGUGGUUAAAUGUAUGGAUCCUGGGGACUUUAACCCACAGGCAUGGUCUUAAUGUUGUUGCUAGUCAUGAGCCUGAUUAAUCUGUAGAAGCAACAAGCUAACUUUCUGCACAAUCUACUCUUAGUUUUUGUCCUAUCACUCCACACGAGAGGUACUUAUUCUAAUAUGCCAUAUACCUCAAUACUGGAAUUGCCCUUUCCAGUGUAAAAUGGCCUAAGGCAGCUGGAUUAGAGCAUGAUGGCUGCUGUCUAGAAAAAUCUGUCAGUGCAAAUACAUAUUUAUGAAUCUAUGGGAGUGGGAACAGUGUGGAGAUGGAAAUAAUUGGAAAGAGAUUUUAUGAGUGAGUAUAGUGCACCAAAAUACAGUUUACAACAGACAAACAUUGCUGAGCUCUUAAUUGGCUGGGGGAGGAGAGAGGCUUUUAUGAAAUCUCUUGGUCUGUCUUAAAGAAAUUAUUUCUAAAAUUUGUAAUGCACGCAUACCAGACUAAUCUUAAGCCCUGCCAAAUAGGUGUAGAUGAGUUCUAAUAUGCAAUUACAAUUUUCUUUAAUUUCUACUUGCUAUGUGCCUCUUGCUUUGAUUAAUUAGGCUUUCAGACUGCUUUUUGGAAGAUCCAUUGCUUUUGACUUCAAGUGAAAUUCUAUUCACUGCACUACUAGGAUUGUUUUUUAUCCUUUGAAACUAUAUAUAGUCCAGUGUGCACAACUGUAACCCAUUCGUGGGUAAGAACUUCCUUCCAUGAACCAGAUCAAAAUUUGUGAAAGGUUGAGAUCCUCAAUUUAUUUUUGUGCAGAUAGCUUUCCAGUUUUGUGAUCUAAACUUAAUCCUAAAAAUAUAUCCGUCUAAUUAGAUGUGGGUACGGGUGGGUUACUCUAAAGUAGCUCUUAAACAUUCCAUGGCUUCAAAACCAAAUGAGGACUUCCUAUGAACAUGCAAACUGCAUUUUCUCUCUCAAUUUUUAAAAUCAGUAACAUCACAGAUUAUACUUUGACAAUUUGAUUGACCUAGAUUUUAUUUCUCGCAUAGUUGUGGGCUGAAGUUGGGAUCCUGAUGUGGUUUGUCCUCUUGUCUCAAAAUAAUUUAAAUAUUAAACUUUGUUCACCUUUUCUCAGGGUCUAAUUCCUGCUGAUUUGGGUAAAAGUCUGAUUUGCAUCAGCAUUUUGAACAUUUGAGUUCUGGUGCCUGCUUUCAGAUGAUUUGGGGGGGGGGGGGGGGGGGGGCAGUUUCUUCUAUAAAGUUCUGUCUAAAAAAAUUAUUCUAUUGCCCACUUGAAUCAAUUUGGUUCCUCUCUGCAGUGUUAAGUAAUUUGAGUUUCAGUAGACAAAAAUUUUUCUCUGGUUUUUAAACAUUUCAGCACUGGUUGCACAAUAUAUGGUCACUUUUUUCCUUUCAUUUUAACUUGUUUUACUGGUAAAAACAGCGUCAGAUAAUUCAAGCAUUCCUUUUUUUUAGUGCUUGUUUUCAUAUUCUGUGAUUGGCUCUAGAUCUAUUAUGCUUCAUUUUAGCUAUUUUUCAAAAAUAUCAAUGUUGUACUAAUGGCUGGGGAAGUAAUUGGGGCCUUACAUGGUGUAUAUUAAUUUCUGAAUGGACCACUGAACUCUGUGAUUAUGGUGUGUUGUAUGACUUCUGUGGGGUUAUUUUGCAGUCUUGGUACAAGUUUGCAAAUCUAUAAUUGUGGGAAUUUACCAGAUGAAUGUGCUGUGAUCAUGUAUGGCUACAGUAGGGUUGCAAAGCUGCUACAGUAAUUUAUAUAAAGAUUGUAGCAGUUAAAUUAGGUUAAUGUAAUUGCCCCUGAACUGGUUGCCAUUUGAGAUAUGCAAUUGACUUUACAUUUAAAGUGAACUUGCUCAGAGGACAGUUCUUGUUCUCUGUGAAUUAUUGCCCCUCCAUCAUGCAGGAUAUUACUAGCAGAUUGAUGUUAACAGCCUCUUUUUGCUAAAUUGUAUGUUCUAAACCUGAUUAUCAAUGUCCCUGUAUCAAUUUGCAAAGUUUGUUAUAUACAAGAGGGAUCAAACUCAGUUCUUGCUAUACUUACGGUUACUAUUCUAUCUUAAAUACAUCAGGAAUUAAACUGCAAAAUAAAGUUUGCCAACUCGCUUAUAAA